AUGUCGAAAGACGAGCUAGACGCUCAAAUUCCACCAGAAAGACCACCAAAAAUCAUCCACCCUGAAGUAUACUACAAGCAGCUCAGCGAAGACUUUGUUCCCGGUUUUUAAAUUUUGAAGGAAUAUUUCUAAUUUUACUUUCAGCAGUGAAACUGGUCUCCAUAGCUGGUCAGAAUUUAUUGAAAAACUACAACGGUAUGUUGUUCUAUUCACUUGAUGUGUAUUUCUUCCCGAAGUUCAGCUUUCCAAAAGUCGAGCGAUGAAUAUCUUCGGGCGAUGUACGCUUUGGUGAAAUCUGCGGACAGAGCCAUGAUACCGGCGAAACGACAGAGCAGCGAAUUGAGCAGCAUUUUGGCCGAGUAUGGCAGAGCUAUCGAGGCGCACAAACCUUGUGUGAGUUUUCAUGAUCUUAAUUGGCAUUUCGCUAUAAAAAUGCAGUGUUUUAUAGUUUCUCUAAAAAAUUUUUUUCAAAAGUUGUAUUUUUUUUUUGUAGUUAGAAAAAGCUUUCUGCUUGAAGACCACCGUGUAAAUGAUAUGAGUCCCCUCCCAGGUCAGCGUCUUUCCAUCAAAUAAUCAAAAAAUUGCAAUUCUGAAACCAGUCUGAACAUUUUUAUUAACACAAUUGAAUGACUAGAGCGGAAACUGUGAAAAUUACCUUGAACCUAUUCGUAUUCAGAUUGACACCUUGACAGUCAUUGUCCAAAAAAUAUCUGCCUAUGGAAGCCACGAAAAAGACAAGCUGAAAGAAGAUCACGCUACAUACAAAAAGCAGGAAAAGGAGAUUCUGAAAGCCCGGAAGAAGCAGCUAAAAGUGAUUUUUUUUUGAUUAUUUUAGAUAAAUCAAGAGUUUUAUAGAACGAAUCCGACGUUGAUGCUUUCUAUAGAGAAGCGUCGGCGAAAUGGAAUCACCAACAAGAGAUGCGCUACAAGUUUUUCAACGAAAAACAUCGACAGUGGUUUGAGAAGUAGGCUUUCUAAAUAAAACAACUUCUUUUUCUGAUUCGCAUUUUUUCUCAUUUUUAGCUUCUUCGAAGUCUUUUGUGCAUGGUUAUUUCCUUUAACAGGCAUUAUUUCUCGAAUUUCGGGUUAGGUAGACUUUGAAAAAAACCGUUGACCGUCUUUACUUGAGUUCAAACUUCAGUUUCCAUUUGGAAUAUUGAAUUUCCUAUAAAAAAAACCUUGCAUUUUUGAAACGAAACCACAUAGUUUACGUUUUAACCGCAAGGGAGAUAACGUUUGAAUUAAAUUUUCAACCUCCAUCUACUAAAAACGUUUCAAAAUAAUUCUUUCAGAUACGGUGAAAUGGUCGGUAAAAUAAACUUCAACAAGCUGAAGUUGAACCAACCCGUGGUUGAAGCUCCAGUGCCCGACGACUGGCACGAGCAGCAGCACAAUGAACCGGCCGCCAUCGUUGUCGCCCCUCCAGCAACGAAUGCAGUUGUCGAGGACCACGCUUUGACGGUUGGUUGGUUUCGAAACAUUAAUUGAACAACUUCAACUAUGAAAGAAGAAUAAUAUCUGACCUGAGGCCAACGAAACAAAACAGAAUUUUUAUUCAAUAAUGUCUUUUUCUGCCCGAUAAACUAAAUACUGGAAAAACUGCGGAUAAGUGAACUUCUUUUGGUCUUUAUCUGAACUCCGUUAUCGCAUGUCGGAAAGUUCAAAGCGAAAAAAUUCAAUCAUAGUCUACAGCAGAUUUUUUUGUCAAAAAAACUUUUAAGCUAACGGUUGGAGAUCGAGCGCGAUUUUUGUAGCGGCUGCGUUGAUCAUUUCGUUCACGGACUGAUAGGAGCAAAUUUAGAAGGAUUUUCAGACUUUUUAAGACACAGACAAAAAUUAGAUAACAUCUGAAAAAUCUUCUAAAACUAAGGAUUGAUGGAAAAAUUUUUCGAGAAACUGAAAAGUUCUCGAAUGAAUUGUUUCAAAUCGAAAAGUGUCAAAAGAUUCUUUUCAAGAACUGAAGGAAAAUUCCAAUUUUUCAGAAAACCGAGAAAGACCGCGCCAGCACAAAUACUUCACUUGCUUCAGAACUUGACGAUCUUCCAAGUCGCCGUCUAACUUCGGUUUUUGGUUCACAAUAUCAUUCCUACAAUUGAUUGUUUAGGAAUACAUACCAGGAAUCACUCUUUUGAGCACCACCCGACGUGAAUCCGCUUAUCAACCGGUGGUAAGUCGAUUAAUCCGAUUAUUUUUUCAAAGAGAGAAAGUCUUACCAAUUAACUUCUUUUUAAAUCUUUGAGGCUUUGAAAAAAAAAACAAGAGAGCCAUUACGAAUUUUAUUUAGCAAGGAGUGAACGGCGUCAAUAUCUCGACUCAAUCGCUUCAGAAUCAGUCUCGUCGCGCCUCGAACCAGGUUAAUUCGGUUUUUUGAAGCUUCUAGUAUUUUGAUUCAGAAUUACACAACUACCGGUGGAGUAGCUCUCGUUGGACUCACAAACGAUUAUGUUCGUCUAAAAAAAUAAACUUUCAGUUAAACUUUUGAUUUCAGAGAGAGCAAAAGACACAAUAUCAAAAUGUCGAAGGUAUUGUUAUUUUUUUGGCUUUUUUUGAAAAAUAUAAUAAACGAAAUUUCGUGAACCCUAAUUACAGUAUAUAACUCAGAAGAUCUUUCAGUUCAAUCCGAGAGAAGAACUUAUACCAACGAUGGCUACGAAAAUCAAGUGGUCAGAGAGCAGUAUCGGCAGACGAGGGAAGUCGACCAACCUGCCGGUUAUCGAAACGACUAUCAAGAAGUGAGGGACUAUCAGUUUGGUAUCACUUUUGAAAUAAAACACUUCAAGAGCUAUCAAAAACAACCCGUCAACUAUGCCAAAGGCACUUCCAAGCCCGCGAUUGCCGGUGGAGUUCCUCUCCUGGGGCUCACUUCGAACAAUCGUUCAAGCUCUCCGGUGGCUCCUUCCAAACGCUUCUCUAAUCAGGUUUCUUUCAAGUUGCUACUUUUGAUUUCAAUUGGAACGUUUUUGAUUCAUUGGUCAUUCUGAUAAAAUCACUAAGUGUAUAUAACUCUUUACUUGUUAUCAAGAAGUUUCAAAUACGGACUAUACAACUGGAAAUUCAUUUUCAGCCGGAAGCGCCGUACAGCGUGGUCACUUCAAAACAGAUCCCAGUUGGACGUGUCGUUGAGAAUCCAAUGACCGAGGAGGAGAUGAACCGCAAGAAGUACCAGGUCGACUCCAACUAUGAUCCCAUCUCUUCUCCAGCUCAUCAGAAGCCAUCAGCGAACAGAAAUGCCAACGAAGAAGGUGGGGAAAUAGGCUGAGAAAGUAUGGGAAACGAAUUCGGAGUUUACUGAUGAAAAGUAUUUUUUCAUUCAAUUAUUUAUAACCAUCAGAACAUUGAUAAACCUAUUUUCUUGAUUACCAUGAAAAAAUAGGAGCUACGAGGCUCCGAAUUGAAUAGUGAUACGUUUUUGAACCAGAAUCCCGCUAUCCUUUGAUGAAAAAAAUUUUCCCACUAAGUAUUGAUUAGUUUCUAGUAGUUCAAUGAAUAUCGAAGAACAUUUUAAAAACUUUGUCAGGUAAACGACACGCUUUUUGCUAGUUCUGAGCAAUUUUCGAGCUUUAUUUUUUUCGGAAUUUUCGGACAUGCAACUGCAGAAUAAAAUCAUUUUCAGUUUUUGUCCCUACUCAGUUCACUCCAAGCCAAUACGGCAGCAUCCUCAUUGUAAACGACGACUUCAACGCGUCUUCUGGAGAACAAGUGACCGUCAACAGAGGCGACAAGGCAAGAGCAUAAAAAUUCCAAGGACAACCUCAGUUUUCUCAGGUUAUUCUCCUGAAAAGUGGUACUCGAGGAUGGGUGUACGUCAGAGAUGCCGUCACUGGACGGUUUGUUGAAUUUCGAGAAGAAAAAUCCACGUCUAUAGCUUUCAGAACUGGAUGGAUCCCUGCGCCAUAUGUCAAUCAAUAA